GGUAAGGUAUUUCAUUCAUAGACGACAUAGAUAACACAUGUAACGACCAGGAAGGUUAGGAGUGUCCAACGGUGUCAAACUAGCAAAAAAAUGAAAGACGGAAAUUCUCACUCCAUUUUCAUCGCCAUUUUCUGUAUCUUUCUCACUCAUUUAGCAGCUUUCAUUGCUCUGUCCGUCUACCAGAUCGACCGGAUUAACAAGAUAGAGGAGCUCGUCCUGGACGUCGAGAGAUCUCCAGAUGAAAGUAUACAGAUUAAAGACUUUAUAGAUAUCCUGAAGAAGCAGCAAACCAAUGGGAAGGUUUCUAAGCGAAGUGUGUUACCAAGCCCGAUGUUAUCGGAUUUUGUGGAUGCCCAGAAAAGCUUCAUAAAAGCAACAUGUGAAGAAAAUAGCCAGGCAAGCAUACUGACUGUUCUGAAAUCGUUCGCUGAGUUUACGAACCAGCGGCUUCAGCUGAAGGGCCAGUUCAGACACAUCCGACAGGCAGCUUCUGGUGGUGAGAUGGGUCAGAUCUUUGAACAACUCGCUAACUCUGAGCUCGCAAUUUUCGACAAGUAUUGUCAGAACAGUACCAUAUGUCUACCAGGUCCGAAGGGAGACCAUGGUGAUAAAGGUGAUCCCGGGGUCAAAGGUGACGCUGGAUCUGCUGGCGCACAGGGUAUGAACGGAUUGAAAGGUGAUGUAGGACUACAGGGUCCCGAGGGAAACCAGGGACAAGUGGGCGCGCAGGGAGUACAGGGUGACAAAGGCUCAAUAGGUCCUCAGGGAGUUAUGGGACCUGCAGGAGCGCAGGGCCUUAUUGGACUUACAGGAUCUGACGGACAGAAAGGGGUUCCAGGAGUAAGGGGUCUACCAGGUCCAGCAGGACCCUCUGGACUUGAUGGAGCUACUGGACUAAAGGGAGACAAAGGAAACGUUGGUCCCCAGGGGCCGGGGGGACAACGUGGUAUACAGGGGCCUGCAGGACCUAAAGGCGAGCGCGGGGAGGUCCGUGACGUGCUCACUCAGGUGGACGACGUGAACUCCUGCUGUGAAAGACUAUCUACUCCGAGCUUUGCCUCUACACAGGAGAAGAUAAAGGUGAUUGAGGGUACCCCUGUAGUACUCAGAUGUGACCCUAAUGGUCUUCCCACACCAACAGUGCAAUGGACGCCUUCUGCCACAUCUAUUGGUACCAAGCAUGCGCAGAGACAGGGAAGGGACAUCAUAAUCGGCAACGCUGCCGCCGGUGAUAGCGGGACUUACCAGUGUACUGCUAACAACGUCUUAGGAAAGGCCCAGAAGGAAAUCGUACUAGACGUCUAUAAACACAUCGUUAUAGAGGAACGACCCCGGAACUUUACAGUAUUAAAUGGACAAUCAGUUACACUGGAAUGCAAAUUCGACGGGAAACCUGUCCCCUCUGUCUCGUGGUUUCACAAGAACCAAUUAGGAAUCUCUGAAGCAGUGACAUCGGGGAUCACACCUAUCGUAAACGGCUCCCAGCUCCACCUCGACCAUGUAUCCCUCUCUGACAUCGGGGAGUAUAUCUGUUAUGGAACCAAUGGAGUGGAAACCAUCGACCUUCACGCCUUCGUAGAUACUCAAGGUCCCCCAAAGAUCAUCAACAUCCCUGUGAUGCAGACCUUUGUAGGUGAGACACUCCAUCUCCGCUGUGACGCCCAGGGUAAACCACCAGCAACCACCUCCUGGCUGACGCCGCCAAAUGUAAACAAUGCUUACGAAGAUAAAGACGGUACCCUGGUCAUCCUGAGCGUCACGAAACAAGACGCCGGGCCGUAUAUAUGUAGGGCGACCAACGUAUUCGGAACAGAUACUGCAACGACCACCCUAGUAGUCAAAGAUGCAGCCAAAGCAGAGAUUGCGACACCACUUGUGGGAGUAAAACCGAACGCGAACAACUUUGCGUUGGACUGCAAAGCUUCUGGGGAACAGCCUUUGAGUGUCAGAUGGUUUCAUAACGGUCAGAUAGUCGCGCAGGAUUCCACCCACUACAUAAUGCCCGACCAUACCCUCUUGGUUCUGAGCAUGUCCAAACCUCAGGAGUUCGGUCGCUACACGUGCAAGGUUUCUGAUGCCAACGGAUCAGCGAAUAAAACCGCUUUAGUGUAUGAUGAUAAGGGAGUGAAAUCCUGCUCAGCGGCAUUCACAACCUGUGAGGUAAUAUGUGGAGCCACAUGCCCAGCGAACUGUGGGAGUAGCCCGACCCCUGUGUAUGGUACAUAUCGGUACGAUUUGAGUUCAUCACUCUGUAAGAGUGGUAUCCACAGCGGGUUCGUUCAACCAUCCGGCGGAACGGUUGUCUGGCAGACAACACAACAACAGACGCCGUCGUACAGUGGUUCAUCCAAGUAUGGGGUGACCAGUCAGAACCUUGCCCCAGCAACCUCUGCGUUCGAUGGUGUCCCAAUUACGAAUUGAAGGCAGACAUACUAAAUAAUAAGUAUCAUUUAUGAUGGUGAAAUAUUAUAUAAUAAAAACGUUUUUGUAAUAUGU